UGAUUGGUCGGAUAUCAUGCCGGCCGUUCUGUAUGAACUCUGAUAAGACCGUUUUAUAUAGUUAAUGCAGUUCGCAAGUUAGUCAUUUUAGUGAGACGUGUCGAACGUAGCGGCUGUCACAUUUACUCGGCUGUGUACUUAAUACUGUUAAACACUAAUCCAAAAUGUGCGACGAAGAAGUAGCCGCGUUGGUAGUGGACAAUGGCUCCGGUAUGUGCAAGGCCGGGUUCGCGGGAGACGAUGCCCCUCGUGCCGUCUUCCCGUCGAUCGUGGGCCGCCCUCGUCACCAGGGCGUGAUGGUCGGUAUGGGUCAGAAGGACUCGUACGUCGGAGACGAGGCCCAGAGCAAGAGAGGUAUCCUCACCCUGAAGUACCCCAUCGAGCACGGCAUCGUCACCAACUGGGAUGACAUGGAGAAGAUCUGGCACCACACCUUCUACAACGAACUGCGUGUUGCCCCCGAAGAGCACCCGGUUCUGCUCACAGAGGCUCCCCUCAACCCUAAAGCCAACAGAGAAAAGAUGACCCAGAUCAUGUUUGAGACCUUCAACACGCCCGCCAUGUACGUCGCCAUCCAGGCCGUACUCUCACUGUACGCCUCCGGUCGUACCACCGGUAUCGUGCUGGACUCCGGAGACGGUGUCUCCCACACAGUACCCAUCUACGAGGGAUACGCCCUGCCUCACGCCAUCCUGCGUCUGGACUUGGCAGGCCGUGACCUUACCGACUACCUGAUGAAGAUCCUCACUGAACGUGGAUACUCUUUCACCACCACGGCCGAGAGAGAAAUCGUUCGUGACAUCAAGGAAAAGCUUUGCUACGUCGCUCUGGACUUCGAGCAGGAAAUGGCCACCGCUGCCUCCAGCAGCUCCCUCGAGAAAUCUUACGAGCUUCCCGACGGACAGGUCAUCACCAUCGGAAACGAACGAUUCCGUUGCCCUGAGGCUCUCUUCCAACCCUCAUUCUUGGGUAUGGAAGCCAAUGGCAUCCACGAAACCACUUACAACUCCAUCAUGAAGUGUGAUGUGGACAUCCGUAAGGACUUGUACGCCAACACAGUACUGUCGGGUGGUACCACCAUGUACCCAGGCAUCGCCGACCGUAUGCAGAAGGAAAUCACAGCUCUGGCACCUUCAACCAUGAAGAUCAAGAUCAUCGCUCCUCCGGAGAGGAAAUACUCCGUAUGGAUCGGAGGUUCCAUCCUCGCGUCUCUGUCGACAUUCCAACAGAUGUGGAUCUCGAAACAGGAGUACGACGAGUCCGGCCCCUCAAUCGUGCACAGGAAGUGCUUCUAAGCGCCCAUUAAGACUUUACACAUUACAUGAUGCCCUACACCGAGAGCGCCGAACGGCGGCUCACGUUACGCUUGUGAUUAUAAAUAUAAGUGCAGUAUUUAAAUAGGAUGUAAGGUAUCGUAAUAUGCAUAUUACGUAAAAUAAUUUUUGACAAAGAUUUUAACUUAUUUAUUGAAGUCACUAACAUUUUUAAUAAAUAUAAUUUAUACCGGUAUAAA